UUGUCCCUCGUGUCACUCCGUUUUACUAAGAGUUCAGAGGUUUUUCAGCAUGGCGGACUGUUAGUCAAAACAACAGUAUCUAGCUGGCUUCAGAGGUGGAAAACGAAGUGUUUAACUACAACCGUCAGUGUUUACAAACAAUUUGUCUACAACUAAGAACAUGCCGUCCGCCUGCGGCUCCCAGAUCGACGACAUCGAGGACAUGGUGUUACUGGAGGACCUCACUCCUCAGGACCGUCAGUUCGCUAGGAAGAGUGUCAUUCCCAGGGCCAGAAAGAGGAACCAGCAAGACCCUAUAGAAGAGCUACAAGCAGACAGUGUGAUCCCCGGCACCCAGAAGAUCUGGAUGAGGACCUGGGGCUGCUCUCAUAACAACUCAGACGGGGAGUACAUGGCAGGGCAGCUGGCCGCCAGCGGAUACAAAAUCACAGAGGAUGCGUCAGAAGCUGAUCUCUGGCUCCUGAACAGCUGCACCGUGAAGAACCCGGCUGAGGAUCACUUCAGAAACGCCAUCAAGAAGGCCCAGGAGCAGGAUAAGAAGGUGGUGUUGGCGGGGUGUGUUCCCCAGGCCCAGCCCAGGAUGGACUACCUCAAAGGCCUCAGCAUCAUAGGGGUGCAGCAGAUCGACAGAGUGGUGGAGGUGGUGGACGAGGCCAUAAAAGGUCACUCGGUGCGUCUGCUGGGUCAGAAGAAGGAAAAAGGCAAGCGUCUGGGUGGGGCCCGAUUGGAUCUGCCCAAGAUUAGGAAGAACCCCCUCAUAGAAAUUAUUUCCAUCAAUACGGGGUGUUUGAACGCGUGUACGUACUGUAAGACCAAGCAUGCGAGAGGAGACCUGGCCAGCUACCCCAUAGAGGAGCUGGUGGAGAGGGCCAGGCAGUCGUUCCAAGAGGGCGUGUGUGAGAUCUGGCUGACCAGUGAGGACACGGGGGCGUAUGGGAAGGACAUUGGCACAGACCUGCCCACUCUGCUGUGGAGGCUGGUGGAGGAGAUCCCUCAGGGAGCCAUGCUUCGUCUGGGCAUGACCAACCCACCUUACAUCCUGGAGCACCUGGAGGAGAUGGCCCGGAUCAUGAACCACCCCCGGGUGUACGCCUUCCUGCACGUCCCCGUCCAGUCGGCCUCCGACAGCGUGCUCAUGGACAUGAAGAGGGAGUACUGCGCCGACGACUUCAGACGCGUCGUCGACUUCCUCAAAGACAGGGUCCCUGGUAUAACCAUAGCGACAGACAUCAUCUGUGGCUUCCCCGGGGAAACUGAGGAGGACUUCCAGGAGACGGUGGAGCUGGUGAGACACUACCGCUUCCCCUCGCUGUUCAUCAACCAGUUCUACCCCCGGCCCGGCACGCCCGCCGCCAGGAUGGAGCAGGUCCCCGCACACACGAAGAAGCAGAGGACCAAGGAGCUGUCUCGGCUGUUCCACUCCUACGACCCCUACGACCACCAGAUUGGGAAGAGGCAGUAUGUUCUUGUGACUGAGGAGUCCUUUGAUGCACAGUACUAUGUGGCUCACAACAAGUUCUAUGAACAGGUGCUGGUUCCCAAGAGGUCGGAGUUCAAGGGGAAGAUGAUUGAGGUGGACAUUUACGAGGCAGGGAAGCACUUCCUGAAAGGCCGGCCAGUGGACCAAUCAGAGGUCUUCACCCCCUCCAUCUCGCCACCCUUGGAGAAGGGGCAGGUGUCUGGACUCACUCAGGAAGCAGCGGCCGCCAUGUCUAGCAGCGCCCGGGGAACCCCGCCCCCUGCAACCAUCAUGAUUGGCUCGUGGAGCGUUGACAGAGAACGCCUGAAGAUGCUGAUAGCAGGACUGACUCUGGUGGCGGCCAUUUUGUCGUACAUAUUCGAGAAACUGGACUGAGGAUGUCCCCAAACUCCACAUCUUACCCCUGACCCCAGACUAACAAUUCUAUAGCCAAGCACCAACUGACCUGCACACUGAGAAGAUCGGUCUAGGAGUUAAUUGGACACUUAGAGGGGAAGAGUGAUGUGGUGGGAUGUGGACGUGGUCAACAUUCAGCCUAUAGGAAGACUUUUUGUCCGUCUUUUCAAAGACUGUUUAACUAGAGAUGCAUUGAGAGUUAAUGAGUAUAUGAUUGUUUAGGUGGUCUACACAUGUAUUUCUAACACUCUAAUCAAGGGUGACGCGUUCACUGACCUUCAAUGAAAGGUAUUAAUAUUUGACCAGACCCACACACAUAGAGACAGUAUAUUUUGCAUAUUAAUGCCUCAGUCUGUGUUUGGAUGGAGGGGGUUUUUGUGGGUUGUUUUAACUGUGUUAUUAAAAGUUUACUUUGUGUCCCUCCAAAUGUUUGAAGUUUUUUCCUUUUCUGUUUUGGG